AAUUUAGAAUGCAGUCGUGCCAAUACGUUUGGGAGGCGGGUUGCGAACUUGGAGCAAUAGACGAUGGGAAGUUGAACCCUAAAACCUGUAAGAUUAAAAGUUACUGCUAACAUUACAUUUAUGACCACAGAAAUGUGCGUUACUGGUCGGCGGGGCCGAGUAAUGCGACUUAUUUUGAAAUACUUCUGCCUCAAAUACGGCAGCUCCCUGGAGAUUACUGAAAGUCCGCGAUCCUCGCCUACACGCUGUCAUUGUCUAUUCUGUAGGCUCGUGCCGAGUUUAAUCUAAUCCUGUUUACAGUAUUACACUUUUCCAGAUGAAGCAGCGCACCGCACAUGUUACUGCGAAACUCUUUAACGGCAGCCAGGCAGGCAAGAUUCACAAUCCUUUUGAUGUCAGAGUGUUCUAAAUUGAGCUGAAGGUUCGGACACCUGUUCAGAUGUGUCACAGACUCAGAGAAACAUUGCAAACAGUCAUUCAGAACAAACACCAGCCUUUGCCUACGAGUGCGUAAUUUAGAUAUAAAUGUCAUCCUCACGAGAAUCGGGAAUCAAAUCUGUCUCUCUCAGGGAGCUGGAAAAUAUUAUGGACAAUUGCAAAUUGGACCUGACCCAGAUAGAUGAAGUGUGGCCCAACCUUUACAUAGGAGAUCUAACAAUAGCUCAGAAUAGAGGUAUGUUACAGAAAAUGGGCAUCACUCAUGUUUUAAAUGCUGCCCAUUCUAAACAAGGCAGCAUAGGAGACCAGAUGUUCUAUGGAAAGAACAUAACAUACAAAGGAAUAGCCGCUGAGGAUUCCUUAGACUUUGAUCUAAGUGAACACUUCAAAGAGGCUGCACAUUUUGUUAAUAAAGCUCUCAAAAAGAAAGAUGGAAAGGUCUUGGUCCAUUGUAUUAUGGGAGUAAGCAGAUCAGCGACCUUGGUGUUAGCCUAUCUAAUGUUGUAUCAACAUCUUUCACUCUGUGAUGCUGUACAAAAAGUUAUUCAAAGAAGACCAAUUUGUCCAAAUAAGAAUUUUCUAAAACAGCUUCUUGAUCUGGAUAAUCAUUUGCAGGGCAAAAGGAAAAUUUGCAGACUACUUUAGCAAAUAAAAAUAAAGUAGUCUUCAAUUGGCUACUUGUUGAUAUCUGUACAUACAUUAUAUGCGGUUAUACAAUUUGUAGAAUUGUCCGUGCCCAGAACAAAAUAGGAAAUAAAUGUUGGAGGCGUUAAAAUCCAAAGGAAGCAAAAAUCUUUGUACCUCUUGGAUUAAAUCUUGUCAAAAAAAAUCUGUACCAAGUACAGUGAAGUAAAAUAAGUACACACAGUGUGGACACUUGUGAGUGAUCUCUUCAGAACUCUCAUAAUUCUCUGCCUCCUUGUCAUGAUACAUUAGUUACUGAGCUACAGGUUCCUGCCUUCAUCUUCUAUGAAUUUUUUGUUUCUUUCCAUUGUGUAUUCAAAUUCAAAAAUAUUUAAGAAUGCAGAAACUAAAAAAAAAAAAUUCUGUUUUAUGAACUGUCAGUAAAAGCUCUCACUGUUCUUUGCUACAAACAGACUAGUAGUACUCAUGGGCAGACCAUCCUAUAUCUGCUCAUAUUACGCUUCUCAAACAACCAAAUCUGCUAAGGAUAGCUGCCAUUUCACAACAUUAACAUAAACUUGUGAAUUCCUUUGAAUCCUGCAACCACUGUUAGUUCCAGCUCCCUCUAAGGCUUCAGAACAUGCCAUUAACACAGAGUUAGUCGUGAACUCUGGUGCCAUCUUGACUGACAGCUGCAGUUAGCAGUGGUGGUAUUGGGAACUUCCAGGUCUGCUUAAGAGGCAGAGAGAGCUAUGAAUGACAAAUGAAAGAGUGGCCUUUUCCAGUCCACAGUACUGAAGCAGCUGUCAAAUGGCAGGAUUUUUUUUUUUUUUUAAGUAGCACAGAUUUUGAGAGCAUACUGGUGCUAACCUCUCCUGUUUCUCUACAAUAUGAAUCACCAACAUACAGCCAUGCCACACAGACAUGCGUCCUGCUAGUUGUGCUGCUCUAUCUACUGGGGCACACAGCCAGACACAAGUCAGUGGUAUUUUAUUUAUAUUUAUAUAUAAUAAAAACGU